GGAUAAACCGCUAUCUUCUGGGGAACUAAGAGAGGACGCGGUCCUGGAUAAACGUAUAUCCAUCAGAGCAAUCGUUGGAUGCUUCCCUUGACGAUGCCUACAUGGAACGCUCUUCGUCCAUGCUUGUGUGUCUAGUCCGCAUGGCGCGAUUUUGCUUGCCGCCCAUUUGCUAUUCGAAUAUCAUAUCUUGCUACCAUCACGGUCAAGGUCAACUGUUCUACUGCAGCAUGGCGCAAAGUGGAAGCAAACAACGCGUGGACGCGCGUGAUGCAAUGAUCCCGUCACUCCUUAACAGUCACCUCCUGCGACCGUCCUUCCACAAAAACGAUGCAUCUUCUCCACCGGUCCUUUUACCCAACUAACGGCAACCGUAUACAACCAACCAUGAGCCACCACUGCCACGACGAAGCACACGGACACGGACACGGGCAUAGCCACGGACAUGGAGGCCAUGACCACGACCACGACCAUGACGAAUUACCCGAUUCCGGCCUCGUGCAUGAAUCUCUCUAUCAACGCAUCGACCAUGACAACGUCGUCUGCCUAAACGAGGCUGAACCGAACUCUGGACGGAGUGUUCUCAAGCCAUGGCACGAGAAAAUGGAUGAUGCGAAGUUUGUGGAAAGCGAUGCGGACGAGCAACUCAUCUUCAGGAUCCCAUUUACGGGCAUGGUCAAGUUGAAAUCCAUCUCACUCAGAACUGAUCCAGGAGAAUCGGCACCUCGCAAGAUGAAGGCAUUCAUCAACCAGGACGACUUGGAUUUCGAUACUGCAGAAUCGACAGUCCCGACGCAGGAAUGGGAUCUCGUGGAGGACCCGCACGGUCAGAUCGCGGAGUAUUCUACAAGGGUGGCCAAGUUUUCGAGUAUCCGCAGCUUGACACUGUAUUUCAAUGAAAAUUUCGGAGGUGAUGCUACAAAGAUUUUCUUUAUUGGACUCAAAGGCGAAUUCUCAGAGCUCAAGCGCGACCCCAUCAUUACGGUCUAUGAACUGCAGGCGAACCCCGCGGAUCACAAAGUUCCCGGAAUCAACGAUACACUCAACCAAGAGGUCGACUAAAAAAAAAAAAAAAACGUUGAAUUUGAAACCAAGGGCGAUGCAGUAGUGUAUAUACACCCCCCUCUCCAUUUUAUUGAAUCAACAAAGCAUGCUCAAGUAGCGCAAAAGAUCCCAUGGACACAGAUAAAUGAAAGCAUACAUGUCGUUAUGG